AUACUCCACUGAAUUUGUUAUUUACAGAGAAUUAUUACAAAAUUCAGAUGAUGCUAAAGCUACAGAAGUUGAAAUAAAAUUUGAGACUGAAAAACUUGAAGAUUGGGAUAGAUUGAAAAAUAUUGCUGUAGGAAAUCCUGAUGAACAAAAGAUCGGUGCCUUUGGUGUUGGAUUUUAUUCCCUAUUUUCAGUUUGUACACAAACUAUGAAAUUUUUUUGGGACGGAGAUCAAUUACUUAUUAAACGAAGGGUUAACAAACAAUACGAUAAGAUUUGGACAACAUUUUCGAUGGAUACUCUUGAAAAAGAAAAUAAAUUGCCAGAAAUAGAAGCUUUUGGUCGUUUUUUAGCAACUUCAUUGUGCUUCACAGGGAAUCUUAACAAAAUUACAGUCUACUUUAAUGAAAUUCAAGUAAUCCAUUUAACAAAAACAGUGCAUGGAUUACCAUCAAUGCCAAUUAAACCUGAAAUAAGAACAAACUCACCAGAUAAUCUGUUUAAAUUGACAUCAGUUGAUAUCUUCGAAGUUCAACUGGAUGUUAAAAGAUUGAUCACUUCACCAGGAACUCCGAUAAAUCCAUAUUCACUGGAGGAAGACAGUAUUUUCUUAAAAAUUGCUAGUGGUAAUGUUGAUUUAAAUAUUCCAGAUUCAUUUUGUAUGGAAAUGGAGCGCACCACCAAGAAACGACCUCCAAAAUAUACAAAGAUACAAAUCACUUUCACUGAUUUUGAUGAGCAAAGUUCUUCUUCAGAUCAAAAUAGUUCUACUUCUGAAAUAUUCAGAGAUUUAUUGCCAUUUCCUGCACAAGGUAGAAUAUUUAUAGGAUUUCCUACUUUUCAAACAACUGGUUGCUCUGUGCACCUUGCAGCUAGAUUGAUUCCUACAGUUGAACGUGAAUCAGUUGAUUUGGUAGAUAAAACUUUAGCAAAAUAUAACGAGGGACUGUUACGUUUAGCUGGCAUAUUGUCUCGCAUGAUAUAUGAGGAUGAAUUGACAAAAAUUUCAAAUUUGUACAAGGAAUCAUUUGGUUCAAGCCCCGCAACAUUUGAUGAUGGACCAAUGAAAUCUAAAUUUGAAGAUCUUCAAAAAUAUGCGGCACAUGCUUUGACACAUUUUACAUUUAGAGAAAGUACACCUAGAAAAGAGAUCUCAACAUUAAGUGAAUCACAGUUUUUUGAUUGUACAUCAACUCCAUUGCCAAUAUUAUCCACUUGUGGUGUUUUACCAAUUACAUCCAUCAGAAUACCAACCCCUGAGACAAAACCUUUUAUCAAGAUUGUCCCAAUUGUUCCAACGUUAUUGUUAGAUCAAUGCAAUGAAUUUUUCAAAAAAGCAAAAAAAGUAAAAGAUCUUUCAAGAUCUAUAUAUGAAGUCUCAAUAAAAGAUAUUUUUUUUGAAUUAGAAAGUCGGGCAUUGAGCGAGAAUGAGAUGACAAGUUUGUUGAAAUGGUGGAUAAAUUAUCGUUAUAAAGAUAAAGCCACAUUGGAGAAAUUCAUGAAACUUGCUACUAUACAAGUUGAAAACACCAAGGUACCUCUUAGUAAAAUUUCUCAUUAUCUAGACCCAAAUGUUAUUCCACCUGAUGUAGAAGUUCCUCCAAGUGUUUUGCCUUAUUCAAUAAGUAACAACUUUAAAGAGAGAGAUAUUUUAGCUCAUUUUAGUGAUUGGUCUAAAUUAAGCUUGGUUACAUGGACUCGAUUUAUCUCUGCAAAACCUUUAUUUGAACAAGAUCCUACGUUUUCAGAAAAAAUUCUUGGAAUCAUUGCACGUCUAUUUGGACGUAUUUCUGAACGGGAUCAAAAGUAUAUUAGACAAUGUUUGGCUAAAAAAAAUUGUAUCCCAACAAAAAUGGGUAUGAAAAUGCCAGAUCAAUCUUAUUUUCCCAGUGUGGAUAUAUUUCCAGGUUUGGCUAUUAUUUGUUGUCAAGACAGCAUUGAUGAUGAUUUUUUCUUUUAUUUGGGAGUUAGAAAACGUGUCGAAAUACGUUUUUUAUGUGAUCAACUUGUUAGACAAGGAGGUUGGAAUCAUAUGGAAUUAAUCAAAUAUCUUGUUCGGAAUGAAUAUGAGGAAGAAGAGAUAAAAAAAUUAUCAUCCAAGUCUAUUUGGCCGAUGGAAUCUAACAAUAAUAGAAAAUUUACAGCAAGGGAAUUAUAUGCACCAUCGUCACAAUUACGUGAUUUUGAAUUACCAAUAAUUGUGUGGGAUGAUAAUUGGAAUAGGAAUUCGAGGGAAGCUAAAAUUAUGUUAAAGCUCGGCUUAUGUGAAUAUCCUCCACUUGGUAAAAUACUUCAGCUGGCGUCACCUGUCACAGAGUUUUCAAUUCGCCAAAAGGCUCUAAAUUACCUUCUUGAAAAUCUUAAAACAAAAUAUUUUAAACAAUAUGAUGCAAAAAAAAUAAAUGUUGCGUUUCUCCCAUGUACUGAUCCAAACGUUUACGCAAAACCAUCGGAAUGUUACACAAACGCGGAGUGUAGGUUUAUGAAAUUUAAUGUAUUACAGAGAGACUUGGUACGUAGAGCUGAAGAUCUUGGUGUGAAGAAAGAUCCAGAUCGGCAGCAGGUACUAGAAAAACUAAAGAACGAACCACCAGAUGAAGAAAAAGCAAAAUCAAUUUUUGGUUAUUUAUCUUCAUUUCACUUUAUAUAUUCAGAUUGGAGCGAUUUAAACCGAACAUCUUUUAUUCCAAUUCGUGAUAAAAAGUCUGCUCAAUUGAAAUAUGUUAAACCGUCAAACUGUUUUUUUAAAUGUUCUGAUGAAGAUUUUGCUGACUAUUUUGAUUAUAUUGAUUUUGGUGAAAAAGCAAAUAAAUUUUUGCGGGAUUGUGGUGUCAAAGAUGAACCAUCUCCAAUUGAUUUGGCUGAACUUUUAAUUGAAUCUUCACAUGAAGUUUUGAAAAGCCAGGGUAUUGACAAGUAUACUGCUGUACUACACAAAAUCGAUCACAAAUUUUCUUCGAUCCAAAAGUAUAAUAAUAUAUUAAAUAAUUUGAAAAAACGUAAGGUUUUGUUAGCAAUAAAGAAAAAUGAUAGUGGCAUGGAAAAGGAAAAUGAUGAUGAUGGAAAAUGUAUACUAGCAUCUUCUAAAGAUAUUUAUAUAAAUGAUAAUGAUAUAUGUUAUAAAAUUUUUGAACCUUUAAGCUGCCCCCUAGAUCAAUCAUUAGAACGUUUGUACAAGAAAUUGGGAUGUCGAUUAUUAUCCAGCAGUGUUACAUCUAAAUCUGACAUUAAAGGAAAGAUACUACGACCUACUGAAAAAUCUGCGGAAUUACAAAAUUUGAUUAGGGAACGUGCACCAUUGUUUUAUCAUGAAAUUAGCAACGAUAUCAAUAAAGAUGAACAAUGGGUAAGAGAAUUGGAAGUGUUAGAGGUUGAUCAGAUCGAAACAACUCAUACUUUGGCUCCAAAGAAUAUAACAAAAGUUGAUAAUUCUAUCGCCUCUUGUAUUUCAAAAUGUGAACGUAAAUUAUUUAUUAGAGUAGGGGAAUCGGUUGAUUAUUAUGCUGUUGCAAAAUCAAUUUCUCAGUUGAUUUAUAAAAGACCUCAAUUUAAUAUGAUUACCGUUGUAGAAAUAUUGUUAACAAAGUCAUUCGAUGAUCUUAGAAGUAGGGGACUUCCGGUAGAUCGAUUAUUAAAUCUAAAGAAAAACAAUUCGUAUGUUGUUGAAAAUGAAGAAAUUUCAGAAUUAAAUCCAUUUGAAGAAGAAAAUUUUUCUGAUACAGAUUAUUAUGAAGUUGCUACGGAAACAAAGCAUUUUUCUGGAAAAACACAAAUAAUUGCUCCUAAUUAUAUGCCUAUCAUGUCAACAACUUCAUAUGAAGAAGCAUUUCCGCCGUUACCAGCUUCAUAUAAUAAUAAUUAUGGUAAACAUCAGAGACAAAGCUUUUCCUCAAAAUCACAAUAUGAAAAGAGUUCAUGGUACAAUACAUCUUCUACAACAGUUUCGCAAAUGAGCAUGGAAGAUUUGAAAAAAGUUUUACGUGAUGGCAUAUCCCGUACGAAUUCUGUUGAUGGACAAGUUAAAAUAAAUUUUCCAGAAAAUCAAAUAAGUUACUGUGAUUUUAUACCAGCUCAUUCAUUAGAAUUUAUUGGAGCAGAAAAUGGGGUAGAAUUAUAUAUUUCAAAAGGUCUGGAUCCAUCAACAUUUUCAUCAUCAAGGAUUCCUUUGAAUAACUUUAUUCAAAUGCUUAAACAUUUAUCUAAAGUUUUUGAACUACCUCCCGAAAAGUAUUAUUUGCUUCGUCAUGAUUCUGAAGCUUCUGAAACUUUUGUCUAUUGGUUUAUGAGAUUUUGUCAUGAAUUAGCUCACAAUAUUAGGAUCCCACAUGAUGCUCAACAUGAGUUGAAUAUUGCUAAUCCAGCCACCGGCUGUCAAAAAGUAAUUGACUUUGAAGAUGAACGAAAAGUUGCAGAAGUGCCAGCUGAUAGCCUUGGGGAAGAGUACACCGGAUAUGUGUUUAGGAUUACUGGUGGUAAUGAUAAACAAGGAUUUCCAAUGAAGCAGGGAGUUCUACGUAACGAUCGUGUUAGAUUAUUAUUGUCAAAAGGACAUUCAUGUUAUAGACCUCGUAGAACUGGUGAACGUAAAAGAAAAUCUGUUCGCGGAUGUAUUGUUGGAAGUGAUCUUUCUGUUUUAUCAUUGGUCAUUGCAAAACAAGGCGAUAAAGAUAUUCCUGGAUUAACAGAUACUACUGUUCCAAAAAGAUUGGGUCCUAAAAGAGCUUCAAAAAUUCAUGAUGAUGUUAGAAAAUUUGUUAUUCGCCGUGAAGUCACACCAAAGAAUACCAACAGGAAACCUUUCACCAAAGCACCCAAAAUCCAACGCCUUGUAACUCCAAUCACUAUACAACGUAAAAGACAUCGUUUAGCAUUGAAACGUAGAAGAGCUCAGGCUGCAAAAGCUGCUGCUUCUGAAUACGCCACUUUACUUGCUAAACGUGUGAAGGAGCAAAAAGAACGUAAAGCUAGUCUUAGAAAGAAGAAAAAAGUUACCAAAAAAGCUUAA